AUGCUGGUAGAUGAAAGCACUCGUAGGACCAGAGAAGAAGAGAAGAGAAGAGAAGAGAAGAGGGGAUAACUACAACUACCUACUGUGAUGGAGUGGUGAAGAAGAAGAAGAAGAAGAAGAAGAAGAAGAAGAGUAUAACACAACAUGGUGGUGGAGGGAAAUCGUACGUAGUUUGUCAUAUAUAAAAGCACUGGUAAAGGUUUGUGUUAUCUUUUGGGACUUCUUCUGCCGCCAAUUCCAAGGUGUAUGUUUCUGUUUCUCAUCCCUUCUUUCUCAACCGCAAACCACUUCACACUUCCUAUAAUGUCCCUUCUUUGAACGCUCAGGGAAUCCGAUGAUUGCAUUCAUGUCUAGCUAGCUCUUUUUCCUUACACUCUUCAAUUCUUUCAUUCUUUCCUGCAUAUACCAAUAACUUCUUAUUCUUUCCAUUUUUUCAGAUUCAUUUCAUAUAGGAACACUUCGGAUUACUUGUAAACAUAUAAUCAACCACAAACAGUUUCUUAAAUUCAUCGGAUUCCUUUGUUUUUGACACAAAAUAAUUCUUUACAAAAUUUCCACACACUCACAUAGAUUCUCACACUGCAUUUUCUCUCUUCUUCACAUACGCAUGCGGAUUAAGCUUUUAUAGGAAAAGAAUAGUACAUAUUUUUGCACAGUUGAUCAAAGUUAUUACUAGAUAAAGAGAAAGGGAAGGGAAAGAGAAGCAGCAGCAUUGGGGUUAGUGAAACAACAGGCCUUCAAAAAGCAUAGACGAUGUUGGCUGGGUGUUCUAGUUCGACAUUGUUGUCACCGAGCCACAGAUUGAGGAGCGAAGCACCAGCACCGUUUCAAGCCUGCCAUUUUCCGCGACCUUCCAUGAGCACGCAGAGGUUGGAUUUGCCAUGUUCUACCUUCACACGCAAAGACAGCUCUUCACGCUCGCAGCCCCUCAGGCCAGUGGGGCUCUCGGUGGAGAAACCCAUAGAAGCCAAGACCAGCACAUGUUCUCUCAAGCACAACAUUCGACUCCCACCUUUGGCCAUCACAGCGGCAACACCAUUGGUGGAAGAGUCCAUCAAGGACAAGAGUUUGAAAAGGCUCGCGGAGCACGAUGAGUCCUUCACCAACGUACCCAAGAGGAAAAAGGGUAUCACGGAGCGUGACAAUUCCGGUGAUAACUUCUGGUUUCAGCCUGGCGUUGAGGGUAACACUUUAGGAGGGCUCAACAACACUUCACUUGCUUUCUCCCCGGAGGAAGAGACGGUUUGUUUUGUUCCUUCUGAAGUGGUGUCUCAUUCUGCACCUUUUCCCUUAAACCCGUGGCUGGAAUCAUGUGUAACAAAGAUUACCAACUUCGGUGAGGGUAGCCACCGUCCUCGCCAGCAUCACAACGACCAUGCAACUGAAGGGUCGGUCUCCAACGCUUCUUCUGAGAGCCAAAGCCUGAGGCUAAACGAGAACGCGUCAGAACAUGAAGUGGGAAACGGUUCGGGAAAUCCUUACCAUCACCACGAGGUGGAGACAGGGGAAGAAGAUGAUCAUCACGGGUUGGAACUCGUUAGCUUUCUCACUGGCUGCGUGGAUGCCAUUGGAUCAAGAAACGUAGCUGCUAUAAACCAGUUCAUCGCAAAAUUAGGUGAUCUUGCGUCUCCAAGGGGAACCCCCAUAAGCCGCAUAUGCGCUUAUUUCACAGAAGCCUUGGCCAUCAGAGUAACAAGGCUUUGGCCUCAUGUUUUUCACAUUACCACAACUUCCCGAGACAUGGUGGAGGAUGACGAAACCGGAACUGCACUGAGGCUUCUCAACCAGGUGACCCCAAUUCCCAAGUUUAUCCAUUUCACAUCAAACGAGAUGCUGCUGAGGGCGUUUGAAGGAAAAGACAGAGUUCACAUAAUAGACUUCGACAUCAAGCAAGGUCUUCAAUGGCCAAGCUUGUUCCAGAGCCUAGCGUCGAGAACGCACCCUCCGAGUCACGUGAGAAUCACGGGAAUAGGAGAAUCAAAGCAAGAGCUAAACGAAACCGGAGACAGACUCGCGGGCUUCGCGGAAGCGCUGAACCUCCCCUUCGAGUUCCACCCCGUCGUGGACAGACUCGAAGACGUGAGGCUGUGGAUGCUCCACGUGAAGGAGCAGGAAACAGUGGCCGUGAACUGCAUUUUGCAGCUGCACAAGACGCUUUACGACGGAAGCGGAGGAGCUUUGAGGGAUUUCUUGGGACUGAUCCGCAGCACGAAUCCGAGCGUGGUGGUGGUGGCCGAACAGGAAGCAGAACACAACGAGGCAAGGUUGGAAGCAAGGGUGUGCAAGUCGUUGAAGUAUUACUCAGCGUUGUUCGAUUGCAUCGAGGAAACUGGGGUGGCGCAAGAGAGUGCAGUGAGGGUGAAGAUAGAGGAGAUGUACGGGAGGGAGAUAAAAAACAUGGUGGCAUGUGAAGGGAGGGAGAGGUUGGAGAGACACGAGAGUUUCGGGAAGUGGAGGAGGAUGUUGGUGGAGCAAGGAGGGUUGAGAUGUUUGGGAGUUUCUGAGAGGGAAAUGAGUCAGAGCCAGUUGCUGUUGAAGAUGUAUUCUUGUGAGAGUUACAGUAUAAAGAAGGUGGAGAUUGAAGGAGCAACAGGGGUUACUCUUAGUUGGCUUGAGCAACCUUUGUACACUGUUUCAGCUUGGGUUCCUGUUGAUGUUGCCGGUACCUCGUCCUCUUUUUCUCACCCAACAUGAUUUCAUUUUCUUUCUUCAUUGAUUUCUUCACAGUCAAGCUUAUACACACGUAAAGGGAAGUAUUCUUUCUAGGUAGGGAAAUUGUCAUCACCAUCAUUACUAUCAUUAUUAUUCUUUCAUUCUUUGUUGCAGAUAAGAUUUGGUAGCCCAAAAUUUAGUUGGUGCAAUUUGUAUCAAUACAUACAGAGCAAUACUGCCUUCUGUUAUUUGUUUUUUUAGUCAUGAUCAUUGUCUAGAGCAUAGGGUCAUUUCAGAUAUCAUUGUUUCAUUCUUUGUUAUGUAAGUCCAAAUUCUUUAGUUCCACGAGUCAUUCAGAUUGAAAUGAAAUGAAAUGAAUUCAGUUAUUUUUGUC